AUGUUUAGCGAAGAUUUGUAUGAUAAAACGCUCAUUGAAUUAACGGAAGUUGUUGAUGGUAUUGGUGAUAUCAAAGAGCUUUGGAUAGUAUCAUGUAUUGACCAACAAAAGCACCAUUUCAUUGUUCUCUUUGGAAAUGCAAGUCACUUGUGUACAUGUUUAACACUCGUGAAUUGUGGCAUUAUAUGUCAUCAUUUUUUUGCCAUUUUAUUGGAAAGCGAAAUAGCACAAUUUCAUAUUGGAAUUCUAGCAAAAUGUUGGUUUAAUAAUCGAGUCAUGCUAAAAAAUGAUGAUUAUAGUAAUAAACGUGCAAUUUCAAUUCGAAGUGGAAGAAAAUUUGGUGCAUUUGAGAAUGAUGUCCAAGUUGACUUUUCUUUAAUCGAUUUGAUUCGUGGCCAAUGUGUUUUUACAUCCAAGAUACAACAUCAUAUAAGAAGUCUUACUCUCUAUGGGAAAGGUUUUGGUCUUAUGAAAAAAACCUUGAAUUUAGCAAUCCAAACUGGAUGUACUGAAGAGCUUUAUGAAUUACAUCAGCAGUUCAUCAAUAAGAUGGAAAAACAACUAGCAAAGCAGGAAGGAUGUGUUCUGCAGUCGGAUGAUGAGUAUAAUUAUGAAACAAUCAAUAAUCCACUAAAACUAUGA